AUGCCUAGCCUCUUCACCAAAAUCAAGGGCUCCAACACGCCCUCCACAACGCCCACUACCAAGGACGCCCCCCUCAGGAAAAAUAACCAUGUUACCACAGAAGUCACUCCUUUGGCAAAGAUGCUGCAGAACGCUGGCCCUCUCACCCAAGAUGGCCGCGACAGAUUUCUGGGCUUCGAGAAUGCCCUCUUCCACUCCGACCAGUUCCGCGAAGGCGUCUUAAACUAUCCCUCCCUCUCCCCGACCGAUACACCCAACCCUCGUCCAUACAAGCCAAAUGUCACCAUACGACCGCCCGUCACACCUGCUACACCUGCUACGCCGCAAAAGCAGCCCAAGCUGUCGACAGCUCAGGCCCUCAGGCAACGCCAGGCUAUCAACUCGGGCCAGCCCAUCCCUGGCCAGCAGCCCGUAAAGCCAGAGGACAAGCCUGACACCCCGGAAUACAAGAAGAAGCAGGCCAUGCUCAAGGGCCCAAUUCUUGAGCUCGCUCAGGAAAGCCGCGUCCCCUUUGACAUGAACGAAUGCACAUUUACCGGGCUCAAGGACAUCUUCCUGGCUCUCACACAGAGCAAUUCCAGAACAGGAGUCCUGAGCCCCCAACGUUUCUUGGAAAUCUUUAAGCGCGACAAUGAAAUGUUUCAAAGCUCGAAUCAUCAAGAUGCUCACGAAUUUCUGCGUCUCGUACUCACCGACGUCAUUGCCAGCGUCGACAAUCACGCCAAGCACAUCCAGGAUCAUCUUGACACAAGCUCUGCCACAAAUGGCUUAUCCGAAUCUCUGCGCAACGCCGUUUCUGCGGGUCUUACAACUGGCUCACCGUACAACUCCCCGGGUACUGGCUGGGUACACGAUGUUUUCGAAGGUGUUGUGACAUCGGAAACAAAAUGCUUGACGUGCGAGACGGCAUCACAACGUGACCAGACCUUUUUGGAUUUAUCAAUUGCCCUGGACGAGCAUACAUCUGUCACCUCAUGUCUACGCAAAUUCUCUGCCGAGGAAAUGCUGUGCGAGAGAGACAAGUUUCAGUGCGACCAUUGCGGCGGUUUGCAAGAGGCUGAAAAACGCAUGAAGGUUAAGAAGCUACCCAAGGUCCUUACCCUACAUCUCAAUCGAUUCAAGUAUACAGAAGACUACAGCCGGGUACAGAAGCUGUUUCACAGAGUUGUAUAUCCUUACCACCUUCGCAUGUUUCAUACCGCAGACGAGGCGGAAGACCCAGACCGUCUCUAUGAACUCUACGCUGUCAUCGUUCACAUUGGUGGCAACGGCUAUCACGGACACUAUGUCUCCAUCAUCAAGACCAGGGACCGCGGCUGGCUCCUGUUUGAUGAUGAAAUGGUUGAGCCUGUUGACAAGCACUUUGUCCGCAACUUUUUUGGCGACAGGCCUGGAAUGGCCACAGCCUACCUUUUGUUCUACCAGGAAACGACUUUUGAACAGGUCCGCGCCGAGCAAGAGGCCGAAGGCAAAGAAGAGGUUCGGCUGGCUACAGAGGCAGCCAACAUUGCAAACGAGGAAAGCGACAAGGCGGAAGACACGCCGCUAUCUCGGCAAAAGACACAACCCACGCCUGUGUUGUCUGAGCAAGACCAACUGUCAAAUUUAGCCCACGCUCAGACUGCUCCAGACUUGACACCGCCCUCGCCAACACCAAAUCAAGGCUCAGUUCCUCCGACACCAGUCAUUCCAUCAGCAUCCACGUCAGUCAAGUCCAAGGACGAGCUGAAGCGCGAGAAGAAGGAGCGCGAAGCUGCCGAAAAGGCCGCCCGCCAACAAGAAAAGGAAGGGCAGAAAGCCAAGGAAAAGGAACUACGAGAGUACGAGCGAAAGCGUCGCGACCAGGCCAUUUCCAUGAUCCAAGCCCGACGUCAAGAGCAAGAUGAGCUGGAAAAGGUGCUGCAGGCGAGCAAAAAGUCGGCCGCCAAGGAAGAGGACGCGCGGGAGAAGAAAGAGGGCAACGGUGGUGCCUUUGGCUUCCUCGACCGUUCGAAGCGCGGCAGCAAAUCGGGCUCACGCAAGGCUUUUGGUCUGUUCGGCAAGGGCGGAAACGGCGAUGAUUCUGCCGUGGAAGUGGUCGUCAACGGCGACUCACCCGAAAAGGAAAAGACAAGGAGCCGUCUAAGUAUGGGCCUAGGCCGCAAGAAGAGCACCAAUCUCUUAUCAUAG